AUGGAGUCGAGAGAGAGUCAAGUGUCUGUCGCCGUGGACCUGCGCCGUGCCAGUGCACUAGCACACAUCUCGUACGAUGACCUGGUCUCUGGAUUGCAGACGAAAGGCGGUAGUUCCUCUGUCCGUGGGGAGUUGGUACACGACGAUCGCAGUGGCAACGAUGCCCACACGACACCAGCUUGGCCCUCCAACGAACUCCGAAAACCGCGGCGGAGUCUUGUAUUGACCCCCGGUGACUUGCCUACGCAAGAUCCCAAACGGUCUCGACGAUUCAACUCUGAACCCUUUGACGGGUUUACGGUCCCUGUCAAGGUUUCAACGUUGUCCAUGAUGGGAGACCGCACAAAGGAGAGCGACCUGGAAUCCCAGCCGCUACUGCUAGUACCCGCAAUGCCUCUUCAGCUGGAUUUGCCGUCGGUGGUCACGCCGGACCAAGCUGUUGCGUUUUUGAUCACCAAGCCGCAAGACCCAAGCCAACUCAUUCUAGCCGUGCCGCAUGCCAUCGAGCAUUCUUCUGUUGGCGGACUCAUUCGUCGGGCCUCUCGCCUUCCUUCCGACAUUAAAGACGUUGCUCUGGAAGCCACGGUGUCCUCCGAGUCCAAUCAGAUUCGCCUGCAACUUGCAAUUCACAAAUCCGUGCCAUGGUUUGGCUUUGCUAUCCUAUUGACGGCGCUUCUGUUCGUCUCUGCCCAAGGUGCCGCCAUGCAAGCCCUAUUUGGUGUUCCUCCCAUGCUUAAGGUGAUCUGGCGCUUUGUUGGAGCUACAUGCGCCUAUUUGUUUUUGGGCAUGGUGUCGCAUUUCUUGCUUCGUGACUCGUCGGCAUCUCCAGUCGUCGUCUCGCGUCGGGUGGUGUGGGAGAGCGUCGUAUGCACCCUCUCGUACGCCGCCUUUGUCGGCACCUUUGUGUGGGCGCUUGACCACACGUCCGUGAGCCACGCGUACAUCUUUUGCAACGCCCAUUCGCUGCUUCUUGUUGUGGCUAAGUGGGUCACUGGGCAGCCCGUCGUGCCACUUGAGACAGUAGGAGCGAUUUUGGGCAUUGCUGGCGGUGUUAUCACGACGGCAGACGGAAGCACGGCCGAUGUCGACAUCGUUGGCAGCAAUUCACCGACUGUGGGUGGGGACCUCGUCGCGCUUGCUGGCGCUGUGGCCGGUGUGUUCUACCUCACGUAUGCUAAGUCGCUUCGAAGUCAAAUUGGCGUCCUCAACUUUUGCUCGAUUGUGUUUACGGGGACGUGGGUCAUUAUCACUUUGUCCAUGUUGGUGCUACAGCCGGGUGAAUUCGAGCUGUCGGCGCACCCGACGCGGGGAUUCUUCGGUUGGGUUCACCACAUGGAAGUCGAAUUUGUGUUGGUGAUCCUGGUGACUUUGUGCGGGUCGAUGGGCUUUGUGGCUGCGAUGAAGUACUUCCCCGCGCUCGUUGUGUCUGUAACGAUGCUUCUGGAACCCGUCGUAGCGACGGUCAUUUGCCUCGCCUUGGGCAUGGCGUCCGUUCCAGGAUGGCUCACCUUUGUCGGCGGGUUUGGUGUGAUCAUCGGCACGGUGCUUGUCAUUGUAAGUGCGAGCGAGUCCACCGAGACUGUCAACGUCACAGACGCAGCUGAUCAACCGCUCCUCCUGGCCUACGAUGCGGCGGCUGGUCGCAAAGGAAGCGUGCAGUAGACAUUAUUUCUUGGUGCUUCAUUUUCAUCACGUGGAUUCGAAAUCGGCGCGCAAUUGCAUUGGUCGUUAAAUUUGAGUUAAAUGAAUACGAUUGGC